UCCAUUUGCUCAGACCCCAAGGCACUUGGAUGGCAGCUCAGGAGCUGGGAUGGGAGCGUGCGGAAGACAGGGGGAACCUCUGACGGCGGCAGCCGCUCCGCUGCCUCAGGCCGGGCUGCAGAGGGAGCCGCAGGGGCAGCCGCGCGCUGACAGCCCUCCCUCAGCCAACGCCCGCCCGUUUUAAAAGCGCUCGCCCGCCGUGCCCCGCUGUGAGCCCGGCGCUGAUUGGCUCCUGCCUCCCGGCAGUUACACCUGCCGCCCAGCUCCGCUAGGCCGCGGGCUCGGGCCGGGCGGCGCCGUGCUGCGCCGAGCGGUGGGGUGAGGGAAAAAGAAGAAAAAAAGAACUAUUGCAGACAUGAAUGAGGAGAGUUCAGCUGCAACAAGUGAAUCUGGCAAAAUGAGAGGUGGUAAUCAGGCUGCUGCCUUACUGGCCCUACUAGACAAGACUGGGUACACCAUGAUUCAAGAAAAUGGGCAAAGAAAAUUUGAUGGGCCUCCACCAGCUAUUGCAGACAUGAAUGAGGAGAGUUCAGCUGCAACAAGUGAAUCUGGCAAAAUGAGAGGUGGUAAUCAGGCUGCUGCCUUACUGGCCCUACUAGACAAGACUGGGUACACCAUGAUUCAAGAAAAUGGGCAAAGAAAAUUUGGUGGGCCUCCACCAGGUUGGAAAGGUCCUCCACCACCUCGUGGGUGUGAAGUUUUUGUGGGUAAGAUCCCUCGUAACAUUUAUGAAGAUGAAUUGGUCCCUCUUUUCGAGAGAGCUGGAAAGAUCUAUGAGCUCAGGCUGAUGAUGGAAUUCAGUGGUGAGAAUCGAGGCUUUGCUUUUGUGAUGUACACCACUAAAGAGGAUGCCCAGCUAGCCAUCAAGAUUCUUAAUAAUUAUGAAAUUCGUCCAGGGAGAUUUAUUGGUGUCUGCAUAAGCUUGGACAACUGCAGACUAUUUAUCGGAGCAAUUCCAAGAGAAAAGAAGAAAGAAGAAAUACUAAAAGAAAUGAAAAGAAUUACAGAAGGAGUGGUGGAUGUCAUUGUUUGUCCAGAUGCCACAGACAGAACUAAAAAUCGUGGAUUUGCUUUUGUAGAAUAUGAGUCCCACAGAGCAGCUGCAAUGGCUAGAAGGAGGCUACUCCCAGGAACGUUCCAGCUCUGGGGUCGUGCAGUUCAAGUCGAUUGGGCAUGCCCAGAGAAAGAAGUUGAUGCAGAAACAAUGCGGAGAGUUAAAGUAUUGUAUGUAAGAAACUUAAUGAUUUCUACUACGGAGGACACAAUUAAAGCUGAAUUCAACAAGUUCAAGCCACGAGUAGUUGAACGUGUAAAGAAGUUGAGAGACUAUGCGUUUGUGCAUUUCUACAACCGAGAGGAUGCAGUUGCUGCCAUGUCUGUGAUGAAUGGAAAGUGCAUUGAUGGAGCCAGCAUCGAAGUAACUCUGGCAAAGCCAGUUAACAAAGAAAGUACUUGGAAGCAACACCUUAAUGGUCAUGUAAGCCCCUGUUCUGAGAAUCUCAUGGAAAUUCCUAGCAGAGAAGACAGUCACCAAAAAUCCGUAGAGAAACCUGCAAGUCUUUCUCUCAGCCUUAAUGGUCAGCACAGUCCGAGCUCUCCUGAACUUGAAUGGUAUCCAUACCCAUUUCUUCCAGGAGUAAAGCUUAUUCCAAUUAGCAUGUAUUCUCUAAAAUCCAGUUACUUCAGUUCUGCUGUGAUGCGUCUGGAUUACUUUUGCUACAAAAAUAACUGGUUGCCACCAGAAUACUACUUGUACUCAACCACAAGUCAGGAUGGGAAAAUCCAUUUGGUGUGCAAGGUGCUUCUUCCGAGUAUUGCAGAUGGUUCGCAGAGCUGCUUCAUGUCACACAAACUCUGUACCACACUGGAAGAUGCGAGGGAAUUGGCAGCGCAGAUGGCACUUCUGCAUCUAGACAGCUGUACACCUAACUCAGCUUGAAUUGCCCUGAAGUUGAGCAGUUGAAAAAUUUGGUAGUUGUUACUUUGAAUCUUGCCACGAAAGGAAGAAUACCACACUGCUGCGUGAUUACUGGAAAUUCAGAUCUCAUGUUACCUGCUGAAGGAUUUUUCAAAAGGACGUGUUUUAAACUUUGGAAGAUGAGUGCAAUUCAAUGUUAAAAAAUUGUUUUACUUAGAUUAAAUUUGUUUUAAAGGUAAUUGCUUAAAAGAUUUCAUUACCUAUAGUAGUUUCUACAACAGUAGCCUCUUUUUAGUGUUGAAACAGUUUAGUAUGACUCCUGCCCACUUGUAUUAUGAAUUUCAGUCAGAGUAUUUUUUAAGAUUGUGUUGCAAGUAAUCUUAAGUACACAUUUAAAAGCCAGUGCUGCCAGUGCUGCCUUUUCAAGCAAAAGCAACUCCUGAUAUUUCUGUUAGUGGCUGUAGUAUGAAAUACCACACAAAGAUUUGCUUCUGUAACAGCACACAUUUUAUAGGAAGAACAUUUCCUACAAACGUUUCCUUCUAAAGAGAUGUCAUUAAUUUUGUUUCUUUUACUUUGUUUCAAAAGUGGAUCUGUCUCCUUUAAAACUGGGUAAAUGCUUUCAGCUCCUGAUCAAGACUAAGGAUAUAAUGACACAACCUGUACAAGUGAUGUUGUAAGCUUUUUUUUUUAAACUUGGAAAGCUGGUUGGAGGAAAAAAGUAGAUAGAAAACAAUGCAAUUGAGUGCUUUAAGUUGAAUAACUUUUCUUAAUGCAGUCAAACAUUACAGUUGGAUGUUUCAUCAAUAUAUUGCCUUUUUUGAUCUACCUAAAUGUUAUUUAUAUUUAAUGAUAGCUACAUAGUUGUUACAAGCGUUGUGAAUUUUAAUGUUUAAUACUGUAUUUUACUUCUUCAUUUGAAUUUGGACAUUAAAUUCAUGCUGUUAGCA